AUGUCUGAGUUCGAGAGCUUGCCUAGGGAAACCAUGACCGAUAUCCUCAUAAGGCUCCCUGUUGAAUCGUUGAGGCUCUGUAUGUGCGUCUGCAAAUCAUGGCGCUCCCUGAUUGCAGACCCUUGCUUCAUCAACAACCAACUUCUUAUCAACCGGCAAGGUUGUUCUACCGGUAUCAACAAUCGUUGUUUUCUCCUCACUUUCCGCAAUGUUUGUGGUGACAAACUUUGUUAUUCCUUACGUUGUUGCGAAACAUUUACCGAGCAGAAGCAACUUGAAGUUCCCGAUGUCAUCGGGUCAUGGCAUCACACGGUCAUUGAUUCUUGUAAUGGCCUAAUCUGCCUCUUUAUGAUAAACGAAUUGAGGUCGGCAUAUUAUCAAGCACUUGUCUUAUGGAAUCCUUCAAUCAAUAAAGUCAAGGUCCUCCCGAGGCCUCAAUUCCCGGCUGGUUUCUCUCACGAACAAGCUCACGGGUUCUCGUUCAUCCCUCGAGCCAACGAUUACAAGGUCGUGCGACUUAUCCACAACCAAGUCAAAGAUUCCCCAAAAGUUGAGAUUUACACUCUGAGCACAAACUGUUGGAGGACGUGGACUGGUGAUGGCGUUGGAUAUACCUUGACAGAUGGUAUCCGCCCUACGUUCAUUAACGGAGCUGUCCAUUGGAUAGCACUCGUUAGUUGGAGAAAUCCGAUUUGUUCGGUACUUGCAUUCCACAUGGAGGAUGAGGUUUUCAGAGUGAUACCGUGCCCUAGAUAUGGCCCUUUUCGUCCCAUCAUCUUCCCGAAUGGAGAGCUUUUCGUUGCAAGUGAAAAACUUGCUUAUUUUGUCAAGCGCACAUCAGAGGGUGGUGUAUCAUGGGACUUGUGGGUGUUGGAGGACUACGGUGUUGCAGAGUUUUGGACUAAGUUGCAUAGCAUAAGAUCACAUACUAUUGAGAGUGUCCUACACCCUCUGCAGCCUCCAAAGGAGGGUGAAGUUCUUUUUAGUGGGUUUACAAAAAAGGAACUGUACUCGUUUGACCUGGGAAAGCAAGAAGUUAAGCAGAUUGAAGUGGAUUAUGGAAUGCAGUUUGAAGUGAUAAAUUACACAGAGAGCCUUCUUUUGCUUAAUGAACCAAUGCCUGAUUCUGCUAGUGAUGCAAUGGAUUUCUUCAAGUGUAAGGGAAGUACUAAUGGGUUGAUUUUGUUGUUGGGUUUAAUUUUGCCCUCUGUUUUAUUCGGGUGUUUCUUGUUUGCACAUUCAACCUUUGAUUGGAUUUCUCUGUUCUUUUCCCUGAUUUGA